CCUCAGCACACAGACACACGCUCACUCUCCCUAAAGGAGGGAGUGAGGCAGAGACACAGAGAGGGGAUUGAGAGGAGCGAGGCUAUCUCUGGGCUGCUCUCCGCCGCAGCGUCUGGCUCUCACUGAAAGGUCUGUGACUGUGUUUUUCCUGCGGUUGUUUGCCUAAUUUAUUCCUGCCGGGGCCAACAGAAAGAAAGGCGGAGAGGGGAAGAAAAAAGGACGGGGACGGCCGAAAACUAAAGAGUGCAACAGUACACCCUGACUCGCUGACAGGGAAUGCAGAGAGGUUCUGGCCUCUGGUUGUUACUGCUGGAUGGACAGGCACUGACAAAACAAGAAGAACCAAGGGAGAGACUACACUUCGUGAAGCUUGGAGUCAGAGGAAGCAAAAGAACAUCUAAUAUAUGGACAUAAAACUGAAGAGGAGGACUUCCUGGGGAGAACUGAUGCAGCAGAACAUUAAUGCUUUUGGAUUAAAAUGAGCUUAUUGCCUUUUAACAACCAGUUUUAUUUUAAUAUGAAGCAUGGAGUUUCUUUUUGUAUUCUCUGGAAUGUUUUGGUUAUAAUCAAUGCUAAAGCGUUCCUGAGCCAGAAAGCUUUUUGAAUACAAACGCUAAAUAGAUUCAUAUGUCAGCUCUUCUCAGAUUAUCAAGAAAAAAAGGCAAAUCUAGUUUUCCUGACUCCCUAGUUUCUGUUUCCUCUGGCAUGUGUGAAGUGGCUUUCGUAGGGUAAAAAGAUUGUCCUGUUUUCUCUCAUCAUCACUAUCACCUCUGCUUUUAUAACAGCCUCGACAAGUCAAGAUUGAGUCUGGACUAGAACUGCCUCAGAUCAGCAGAUAACACCUCAGCACGACAGGAACUGGUUGGACUAGUUUAUAAGUUGGAGGAGAGGGCAGGGCAGUUUAACCCUUCUGAAGGAGGGCUGUGUUCAAUUUCCCUUGUGCCUGCUUGUCCUUCAGGUAGAAAGUUGUUUGCUGAAUGAGAGAAACACGUCUUUUUCAUUUCAAGAGCGUCUCUGUUUGUGUCCCUCCUUGCAGUGCUGAGGGAUAGGUAAGGCAUUUCUUUUUUCCUUUCGACCGGAGGCUGGCGGAAAAAAAGUGAGAGGGAAGACGGAGAGAGGGAGUCAAAGUGUAAUUUAUUGUUUCCUGUGAAAAGAGCAAAGGCUGCACCCUUUUCUCCUGGCUGAACUCUGAACCAUUGAAUGUGUCUCUGAAGUUUUCUCAAGCCGCGGCAGCCACUGAUCAGGGGUCAGAGCAGAAAACACAAGAACAGAGAGAGGAGGGGGAUUAAAGAAGAGAGGAAAACAGCAGUGGAAGGACCUUCAGGUCAGCCCUACCAGACAGCAAAGGGGAGAAAGGUCACCACAAGAGACCGGGACAGACCUUUACUCUGCUUUUACCACUUUUUCGAUACUUUGCACCUUCAAUACAAGCCUAGAGUCACUGCCCUGGACUGUGGAAUCCAUUUUUUUUGGACUUUAAAGAGAGUUGGAGUACUUUUGGAACAGAGUGGGUCUGUGUAUGAUCCACUCACUGGGCAAUAAAUCUUUGAGAAUAUGGCCAUGGUGAGCGGGGGAUGGGGUAACCCCAACGGGGACACUAAUGGACUGGGUGAGAAAGCUUACCUGAGGAGGGAUGAAGAAGAAGGAUCGCCGCAGGCGGGGAGCAGCGAUGUGGAUGUUGGGGAUGAGGACAAAGCGUGCGUGGUGGACUGUGUGGUGUGCGGUGAUAAGUCCAGUGGGAAACACUACGGCGUGUUCACCUGCGAGGGCUGCAAGAGCUUCUUCAAGAGGAGCAUCAGAAGAAACCUCAGCUACUCCUGCCGAUCCAAUCGAGAAUGCCAAAUCGACCAACAUCACCGCAACCAGUGCCAAUACUGUCGUCUCAAGAAAUGUUUCCGCGUUGGAAUGCGCAAAGAAGCUGUCCAGCGGGGCCGCAUCCCUCCGGCUCACUCAGGUAUCAGUCCCAACUCCCUGCCGGGAGGGGUUGGAGGUCCGGGUCCAGGUCACCUUGGGGCGGAUUACUUCAAUGGUCAGCCUGUGUCAGAGCUCAUCUCUCAGCUCCUGCGGGCGGAGCCAUAUCCCAACAACCGAUAUGGGGCCCCGUACAGCCAGGCACAGAUGCAGGCAUCUGCGAGCGGAGCCUCCGUCAUGGGCAUCGACAGCAUCUGCGAACUGGCCGCACGCCUCCUGUUCAGCACCAUUGAGUGGGCCAGGAACAUCCCAUACUUUCCAGAGCUCCCAGUCUCAGAGCAGGUGGCGCUCCUGAGGCUGAGCUGGAGUGAGCUGUUCAUCCUGAACGCAGCUCAGUCGGCUCUCCCUUUGCACAUGGCUCCUCUACUGGCUGCUGCCGGCUUUCACUCUUCCCCAAUGUCGGCUGAGCGUGUGGUGUCCUUCAUGGACCAGGUCAGGGCCUUCCAAGACCAGGUGGACAAGCUGAACAGGCUGCAGGUGGACUCGGCUGAGUACAGCUGUCUCAAAGCCAUUGCACUGUUUUCCCCUGAUGCAUGUGGCCUGACAGACCCGGCCCAUGUGGAGUCACUGCAGGAGAAGGUGCAGGUUGCUCUGACAGAGUACGACAGGCUGCAAUACCCCAACCAACCUCAGCGCUUCGGCCGCUUGCUGCUGCGCCUUCCUGCCCUGCGUGCCGUGCCGGCCAACCUGAUCUCCCAGCUGUUCUUCAUGCGACUGGUGGGAAAGACGCCAAUCGAGACGCUGAUCCGAGACAUGCAGCUAUCCGGCAGCUCCAUCAGCUGGCCCUAUGCCCCAGGGCAGUAAAUGCCCUCUCCUAAUGGGCUCCAGAGUGAGACAGA